GAAGACAGAAACUUAGUGGAUUAUUGAUAGAAAUUUACAGUUGAUUGUACUUACGUAUAACAAUAAAAAAAAAGACGGGGGAAAAAAAUUUGGAAAAACAAAUUUCUCCGGUGUGGUGUCUUUGUCUAUUCGCAUUGUUAUAAUAUCCAUUUGUCUCCCUUUAACGAAUUUUUCGGUGGCUUAUAUCGGUGGUACCACAGAAAAUAGUGUGGUCGCGUUUUGUGCGGUAAAUAGUGUUUUCUCUUUUGCCCGCAUUAUACAGCCGUUUGCUAACAACGUUAAAGACAGAACGAGUGAAGGAAGUGGCACCGCAAUUCCCUUUGUUAUAUUUUCACACGGCUACAUAAGAAAAUAGUAAAAUAUUAAGAGCGCGGCUAGGCUUCCAACACCUAACGAAAACAGCUUGAGCUCUCGCACGCGUGUUACGGCAUAAUCGUGAAGUCGUUGUCGAUCGUUGUCGCCGGCAAAAAUUCUCGUUUGAUAAAAAGUUUUUUACGUUAUGCGAUUAAUGGGAUCGGCGUAUUUAGCAGCGAAAUACUUUUAAAUUAUCAAAAGCGUUUUAUUACUUGCUGUUACAACAGCUUCAGUUAUUGUCAAAAUUCUGCGAAGGACUUUUCUUGCUUAUCAUCAACUAAUAGGAAACUCGCACAUUACAGAAGACCUAAAAUAAACCGAAGGGCUGUGCUCUGCAAUAAACGAAAGGCUUCAGAAAAUCUUAAAUUGAAGUCAUUGGAUCUAAGCGCAUUCUGUCAGAAAACGUCCAACGUUUGGAAUUGUUGGCAUACCUCUGAAAAAUCGUCUGAAGUUCAGCCCUCAAUAGUCGAGCUAGUUUAUACAAUGACUUUACCUAGUGCCGCUCGUGUCUACACGGACGUGAAUGCACAUAAGCCGGAUGAGUACUGGGAUUACGAGAACUACGUUGUUGACUGGGCUAAUCAAGACGACUACCAAUUGGUGCGCAAAUUAGGGCGAGGCAAGUAUUCGGAAGUUUUUGAAGCAAUUAAUAUAACCAAUAAUGAAAAAUGCGUGGUGAAGAUUCUUAAACCCGUCAAGAAGAAGAAGAUCAAGCGUGAAAUAAAGAUUUUAGAAAAUUUACGUGGUGGUACCAACAUCAUUACUUUGCUGGCGGUAGUAAAGGAUCCCGUUUCUCGCACCCCAGCCUUAAUUUUUGAACAUGUUAACAAUACAGACUUUAAGCAGCUGUAUCAAACGCUUACAGACUACGAAAUACGCUAUUACCUGUUUGAGUUGCUGAAGGCGCUCGACUACUGCCACAGUAUGGGCAUAAUGCACCGUGACGUAAAGCCACACAACGUUAUGAUUGAUCAUGAGAAUCGCAAGUUGCGCUUGAUUGAUUGGGGCUUAGCCGAAUUUUAUCAUCCUGGUCAGGAAUAUAAUGUGCGCGUCGCUUCUCGUUAUUUCAAGGGACCGGAACUGCUGGUCGACUAUCAGAUGUAUGAUUACUCUCUUGACAUGUGGUCACUGGGCUGCAUGUUGGCCUCAAUGAUUUUUCGAAAAGAGCCCUUCUUCCAUGGCCAUGAUAACUAUGAUCAAUUGGUGCGCAUAGCUAAGGUGUUAGGUACUGAGGAGCUUUAUGUCUAUCUCGACAAAUAUAAUAUUGAGCUAGACCCGCGGUUCCAUGACAUCUUACAAAGGCAUUCGCGUAAGCGGUGGGAACGUUUCGUGCACUCUGACAAUCAACACCUCGUUUCGCCCGAAGCUCUCGAUUUUCUCGACAAACUGUUACGUUACGAUCAUGUCGAACGACUCACUGCCCGUGAGGCUAUGGCGCAUCCGUAUUUUGCGCCCAUUGUUAACGGCCAAAUAAAAGCCAAUAAUCAACAAUAGGAUUAGCAAGUCUAGUAGUUCUCGCGAACUUCAAACGAUAGCAUAAUAUUGGGUGUGAACGAGACCCAUAAGCAAAGAAAGCUAAUCUUAAGUUAUGAAAAUGAUGGAAAAAUAAAUAAAAUUCAUAACAAGUAACCUAGAUUAAAACAACAAGAACAUUAAAUCCUCACCAUGAUAGAAUCCGGAUCAGUAAAAUCAAGAUCUAAAUCAAGAGACGAUAAAACUUAUAAAAUAGUUUUGUACAGUGGAAAAUUUGCACCCAGUAAUAUAUUUACUUGUGUUUAGAAAUAUACAAAAUAUCUAUAUGAAAGAAUAAGAAAAAAAAAAAAAAAAAAUCUGUCUCUGACUUUGUACUGCAAGUGAAAAGAAUAUUAAUAAUAUUAAUUCAACAAACUAAUAUGUACAUUAACAAUAAUAGUUGUAACGAAGACAUUGAACAAUUUAUAAAAUAAAAUACGAAUAACUACAAUA